UUUGCAACUUACAAAUAUUUUCAUAUAGACAAUCUCCAUGGCGUUAGGGUUUUUCGCCGCCAGCAUUGGGAUCUUGGUUUUCUGCAUCUCUUUCCCUUCUAACUUGGAACAGCAACAAUGGCACCCACUAAGAAAACGAAGAAAAGCACGGAGAGCAUUAAUAACAGGCUAGCUCUUGUGAUGAAGAGCGGAAAGUACACUCUUGGCUACAAGACCGUUCUUAGAUCCCUCAGGAACAAUAAAGGCAAGUUGGUGAUCAUAGCAAACAACUGUCCUCCUCUUCGUAAAUCUGAAAUUGAGUACUAUGCAAUGUUGGGCAAGGUCGGAGUCCACCAUUUUAACGGAAAUAAUGUUGAUUUGGGAACUGCUUGUGGCAAAUAUUUUCGGGUGUGCUGCCUUAGCAUCAUUGAUCCAGGUGACUCUGACAUCAUCAAGAGCAUCCCUGGUGACCAGUGAUCAUGUGAAAAGAAAGCAUUUAUGAGUUUUGUUUUCUUCUUUAAGUUUGGGAGUGUAAAUGAGAUUGUUAGGACAUGAACACACAUCUGAGCUGGUUGUGGAGAAUGCCUCACACAAGGAUUGUGUAAGGAGAAGGGAAUGGAGUUUGAGACCAAGUCUGGGUGGUUGGUGAAAGAUUGACCUGUUCGAGUGUCUUGCAUUGCAGCUAAGAAGGGUAUUCUCUUAGGCAAUCAAUACGAGGACCAACUCUAGUACUCUAUUUUUGAGCAAGGCGUUUUUGAAGAUACCUUUUCUCUCUCUUUAGUGUUUUGGUUGUCUCCCAAUUCAUUAAGCUCUACCACUGUUAGAUCCUUCUAUGCUACUUUUAUUUUCUAUUUCAUCACCACCACCUCGUCAUUUUUAGACAUUGUAGAUGAAGAGGAAUGAUCAAGGGAAUGACUACAUUGAUCAAUAUAAUGUCCCUGCAUUAAUGAUACAAGAAAGAUUAUUAUAAGAACAUCCAAAGCACAAUAUUAGAAUGGAGUAUUGAGAUUUCAGCUCAUUUUGUACAUCUAUGUUGAUCUAUGUUUAUGAUGUUCUUUUUACAGGUUAAAAGAAAUAUAAUCAUCAUUUACUCAUUACAUAAUUCACAAGUUGGGGAUUAUCACAUACCCCAAGGAAAUGAAUAGAGAAGAGCCUUAGAUCAUCAAUGGAAAAUAUUACGUAGAGAGAAAUAAAAUUUCUCAUCAAUCAUUCAUAUAUAAUUCUUGAAAUUAAAUAUUUAGCAACACCGGUUACCUUCUCAAAACAUUCUUAAUGCCUCAACAAUGCAUAGAAAGUGAAACUGAUAUACAUAGAGACAUAAAGAGCAGUAGCGUUAUCUUCUACACCAAAAACAGAUUGUGAUGAAUACAAUGCAAAUUUUUUCAUAGGUCAUUAAGUGUAUCCAACAUUAGCGGGUUAAAUCAAUAAGGCCAUCAAGCAAAUAAUUGAUAGCCAAAAUUGCAAAAGCAUAUGCUUGCAAACAUAUAUAGGUGUAUAUUAAAAAAGAGUAAGAAUAUUAGAGAAGGGAUAUCAUUACAACCUUGAUAAUGAACAUACGACAAUAUGAGGUUGCAAGCGUGUGACAAACAAAUGCAUCCAGAUCCUACCGCUGCAAAGAAUCUUACACAAAGUUGGAACAUCCAAGUAAACAACUCUAUAUACGUAGGUUCCUGAAGUAGCAGCAACAUUGGUAGAAGAAGCACAGCCAUAAGUAUUUAAUAGCAUUACAAGUAAGAUUCUAGAGAAGCUUCAUGCCAUCCUUGAUGCCUCAUUGUUACAGUAGAGGAAGAAUUAUACAUGACCAAAUUGUAAAUUGUUAGCAAUAACUGUCACAGCCUCUCCAAAAGAAAUUCAUCAUCUAGUAGCCAGAGAAACAUAGUAAAGCUUAGCAACAAGAGUUGAUAAUGGAUAUAUUGUAACAGCCACAACAGCAGAAGCUGGAGAGGAUUUUAUUAGUGAAGAGAUUAUCAGGGAGCUUGGCUCAACUGAAAGAGCUAUGCUUCAAGAGCAAAGAGCAAGAAUAAGUAGUAGAAGAAGAAACAAACAGGACAUCCAAACAAGCAACAACAACGACAUCAAGCCUUUAUCCCACUACAUGGGGUCGGAGGACAUCCAAACAAGAAACAAACAAAAAUAAGAAGGCUCAUAUGGCAAGGAAUCCAUGACAUAAGUAGAUGAGUUUUGCUUACAGGACAUCCAAACAGGCCAUAUCUUAGGAAAUAUAGGGACAUUUCAUAGCUAUCAUGUGCACAGUGCAUUCUAUGGCUAAAUUCUAAAUCAUCAUCGUCAUUGCCCUUAAAGAAGAUUUGAGGAAGCAAAAAUAAAGUGCACGUGAAUAAAAAAUGUAAAAUAAAAGUAAAUAUUAUAAAUAUAUAAAAUUACUAUUUUUUAUUUAGAUAAAUUAUUUUGUAUUUGUAUGUGGUGUAACAAUAUAUAGCAGAUAAUUAAAUUUCACACAAAUAUGUUAAAGAGAAGAAGAGUUGUUGAGAAAAGUUGCAAUAGAUAUAGAGUGAAAGUUGAGAGAAGUCACGAUAAAGAAUCAACAAAUAAUUUAUAUCCUAUAAAUCUGUGUUUUGGCUAUCGAUGACAUUUUUAAGUGACAAAGAAGAAGCCUAAGUGUGAUGAAUGGUUGCGAGGCGAAAGCAAUGUAGGAGAAAUCACUUUACAAAUGAAAGACAAAUGGACUAACCAAAUUUAUGUCGUGACGAAAGAAGAGCCUUGCAAAAAUAAAAGAAAACGGGUUUAUAAAACACAUGACUCAAAAUGACAAAAAGAGAACUAUAUA